CUUUGACAAUUGUCACACUUGUCAAAAUUUUAGGGUUAGAGUUUUUGUUUAUUUGAGGCCUCGUUCGUUUUCCCGUUCCGUUUAUUUUUGAGCGAACAUUUGUUGUUCCUGUCAUAUUGUGCAUUAAAUUCGUCCUUGUGCUAUUCUUAAAUUAGGCGAAAUUACUUGAUCUUUCAAUUAACAACGUUGAUCGAAAAUGGCAACGUUAGAAGACAAGAUUCUCGGCGAAAAAUUGCACAAUUACUGCAGCAGCAGUGAGGAAAGUGAGGGUGAUUCCGAUUCUGAGGAACAAAACAAGAAAACAGAACCCGUUGAUGCGACGCCCCCUGAAGUCAAUAAAUGGGAGGGGACGUCCUCCAACACGGGCCCCAAAGGAGUGAUCAAGGACUGGCAAAGGUACAAACAACUGGAGAAUGAAAAACGGGCGGAGGACGAAAGCGAGAAAAUCGCCCUCAUGAAGAAACUGACUUUGACGGUUCAAUCGGCCUUGGAUGAAGAGCGGGAAAAAGCGGCUUUGGAAGACCCAGAUUUGGCCGAAUUGUUGAAUGAUGAUUUCUUGUUAAACUACCAGAAGCAAAGGAUGCAGGAAAUGCUGCUUCAGACAAACCAUAACAUCAAAUUUGGUGAGGUAAUAGUUUUAAAAAGCAGUGGUGAACUCCUCGACGCAAUUGACAAGGAGCAUAAAUCGGUGACUAUCGUUGUACACAUUUACGAAGACAAUGUGGAAGCCUGUCGCACAAUGAACGUGUGCUUAAAACAGCUUUGCAAAACUUACGAAAAUGUGAAAUUCUGUUCAAUUGUUGGCUCAAGGGCUGGGAUGAGUAUGCGGUUUAAAACAGACGGAGUUCCGGCUUUACUUAUCUAUAAAGGGGGACAACUUGUCGGGAAUUUUAUUCGAUUGUCGGAUGAUCUUGGCACUGAUUUUGAGCCUGAAGACAUUCAGAGUUUUUUAGUUGAACAUGGAAUGCUGGAAGACAAGAGUUGUACUCCGUUGCUCAUUCAAGGUGGAACGGAUCACAGUGACAGUGAUUGAGUAUUAGUGCAAGUAAAGUAUUGGUGCUAAGACCUUAAAUGUAUUGCUUUAUUGGUUUCCGGAACGAUUUAACGUAACCUAACACCAAACAAAUCAGCGAUUAAAUUUAUCUAAGGCUAAAUCGUUCCAGAAACCGUUAUGUUAUUUCCAGGUGUUUUCUAAUCUAUUAAAUUUUGUCUUUGAUCUCAUGAGAGGCUAUUACGUUGUAGAAAUGCAUUGAAUGCAUUUUUCAUCUACUUUUUAUUAAAUUUGUCCUUGAUUUUGUCAUAUUACCACAAUACUAAUAAUAAUAAAGUUAUAAACCAAUUCUUAUGAUAACGGUCUGAUCAGUGAUCACGGUUAAAUCAAUAGUGUUAUGUUAUGAAUGGUACUACAUCUUUUCCAAUUGUAGUUGAGAAUGAUUAAUUCUGAAAGAUUAAUUUCCGAUAAUUUCAGUAUUUUAGAAGGUAUUAAUUGUAGUUCAGAAGAUGGUUUCUGAUAUUCAAAUACUACUUUCUUUGUUCUGAAAUAAAUUGGAAAAAGUAUAAAACAAAAAAUUAGUUUAGCUUAAAAGUAAAAAGUAUGAGCUUUAGCCUUUUAACAUUUUUUUAGAGAUCUGCAGCCGAGAAGUUAGAAACAUAAGAAACUCUAUUGUUUUUGUAAAUUGUCUGAUAAUGACCACAAAAAAAUAGUUUUUUUGAACUAUUUGAAGUGAAUAUUCGAAAUUUGAAAGCAAUUUUUUUCAUCAAAAAUUAUAAACAAAGUGAUUCUUUCUAACUACACUCUUUUCAACUUCAAAUAACGUCAAUUGAAGUUCAGAUUAGUUACUUUGGUUUGGGAAAACAUUUUUUUUUAUUCGGAAGUUACAAAUUGUAUUUCAGAGAAUAAGUUGUAAUUAAUAUUUUACUCUUUUCAGCUGUUGAAAAAAAUGUUGAAGUUGUUAAAUAUUUUUUAAUUAAAAUUAGGUAAUAAAUAAAAGCAGUGGUAAUCAAGUAUAUAGCUUUUGUUUUCUGUAGUAUUUUGUUAUUUUAAAUUUCAAUCCCAAUUUACGUAUAAAAAGUCUAUUUUUAAAUUACAAUUAACAUCUUCCAAAAAAGAACUUACGAUUCUGAAUUACUUUUACGCAGUUGAAAUUAAAGCUUUAUUUUUAAUAAAAAAAUACGUGGAAACACUGAAAAAAAUACCGUAAGACCGUAACAUUUUCAUAAUAAAACAUUUUUGCAACAUUACCUAUUUCAAAGCAUUUAAAGAAAAAACUGUGUUGAAUAUAAUUUUGGACAGUGUCUUUUUUAUUAGAUAAAACAAUUUAUUCUUUUUGAUUUAUAAUUGGAAUAUUUUCACAAGAUUUGAAUGUUGGGUUUUCUCAAAAAACAAAAUUCAACUAUUUAGGACCGAAAUCCAAACAUUUUGUUUGUUAUUUUCCUUUAACAAUAAUUUAAUAACAAUUUAAGAGUAUAUUUUACUGUAUUUUCAUAUUUGGUGUUAAAUACUUCAUUUAUUUUUUGAAAAAAAUAUUUUUUUAAUAGACUGAACAUGGAAUAAGGACUGAGAGAAAAAUAAUAAAUAAAAUAUUCUUUUACAAUUGGAUUAAAUAUUUGUAACCAAUUUUAACAGGUUUUUUGUUGGUAACAUUUUAAGCCUUCUUUUUAAUACCUGAAUCCUAGAUUAUUACCACUAUUUUAAAAUAUGUUUUCCAUAGCAACGUGUUUUUAAAUUAAAAUAUUCCAACAAAAAAAAAUUGAAAAAACUUAACGACAGUCCACGAACUUUAAGCUUGUGUUUUCGCUAUUGUAUUUUUUAAUAACAAAAUUAAAUGAAAAGAUUUUUUUUCCAUUUUCGUUUUAAAUGACACGGAUUUUUUCAUACGUUCUCAGCAUAGUUAAAACUUAAAUGUCUUGUCCAAAAAAAUAUUUAAAAAAAUGUUACUAACCCCAUAAAAAAUUAAGUUUAUUCCUUAUAACUUAUUAAAGUUGUUACGGGCAAUGAACUGGGUGUAAAUAAAUUUACCACUUCAGCUGACGUUUCGGUUUUUAUUAAACCUUUUUCAAAGCUUAUUCCUUAUGUAGCUUACAAUGAACCCUAAAAAUUAAUUGACUAACGAAUUAAGUUAACAUUUAAUUGACCAAAGGUCAAAUUAAUCGCAAAUUAAAAUUAAUUGUGAGCUAUACAACGAAUAGGCUUAUUUUUAGUUUUUUUUUGCACAAAAAAACGUUUCUUUAAGAAUAUUAAUAGAAAUUAUAAAAAAAACUAUUUUUUCAGUAAUUCAUUAAAUUUAAUUAUAAAAACAGAAAAAAAAUUUAGUAACAAACACUCAGUAGUGAGUUCUGUGUGAUUAUUUUUUAACUACAGUAAAAAUAUACUUUUAGCAGACUCGGCCUGUAGUUCACCCUAAAACAAAAAAACAAUUUCGAUCUAUGAUCAGACCUUUAAUAUGAAAGGGCUUCUAAUAAGUCAACUUUGUUUAAUCUACAAAUGUGUUCUAUGUAAUAUAAGAUACUUGUGUGUAUUAAUGUUAAUUACUGCAUCUGUUUAAAUAAUCAUUUCCAUGUAUUAUAAUCGGUAUUACUCUUAAGCAUAAGAUUAGGGAAAUAUCGACGAGACUUUGCGUGUACUAUUCUUAAUCACAAAGGCUAACUAAUGAAUAGAAAACGGUUUUGUAAAGAAUUGUGUGCCUGUUUUGUUUUGCUUGCAAAAAUCACUGUGACUUCUGACGUUUUUCUACUAUUACAAUUUUGUAUUUUGUUUAAAUAAAAAUGUAGCAAAAGUGUUAGAAAUAUAAUAUAAAAAUAGUUAUUUACAAUAA